CUUCCACACUCAUUGUAUCGCUACGACAUUAUUAGCUUAUGACUCUUUGCGACGAUCACCUGUGUGCUAUGACUAAAAGGCUGAGUCCGUGGUGCGCUUGCGACGUGGCCUGAUAACCUUGGUGCAUACUUCUACGACAGUAAAUCUGUCUAGAGUUGGUAGGGAUUAUUGGCACUUGAACACGCUUGACUUUACUAUCACUAAAGAUAUUCCUUCUCAUCUAUCGUUAUCACAACGAAUACUGAUAAGCAUCGAGUUCCAUCAUGUUCAAAUCAGAUAAACCGUACACAGCCGUUUCUGUGCAUAUCGAGAGUCUGACGAGCGAGCAAUAUGAAAUCGAAGAUUCAAGUGGAAUUGUCGACUUGAUAGAAGUCAUCCGGAUCCAGUCGACUGGUCCCACUGAAGCUAGUCGCGCGCUACGGAAGAAAUUGAAAUAUGGCAACCUUCACCGUCAGCUACGGGCCCUCACGAUCUUAGACUUCCUGAUUCAGAAUACAGGAGAUCGAUUCCUGCGUGAAUUCGCCGAUGAACCGCUACUAGAGCGUCUUCGUAUUGCUGCUACCGAUCCCGUGUCUGAUCCAGAAGUGAGGAAGAAAUGUCAGCAGCUCUUUGGACAAUGGGCAGUAACCUACAAGGACACUCCGGGCAUGGGUGGAAUCACGGCUCUUUACAGGCAGCUGCCAAAGCGAAAGCAGCCUGCGCAGCAAGCUCAGGCCAAAGUUCUAAGGGAAACAGCACCCUCGGCCCCGGAGGCUCCUAUGGGUCACUCGGUCUCGAUAUCAGUUGGAGAAGGCCCUUCAACUAUAUUGACUUCCCCCAAGACUAAAAAGUCCAAACGAUCCUCGACUUUUGGCUCCUCUAGUUCUAAGAGUAACAAAAAGUCAGGCGUCAAACCCUUCAACAUGGAGAAGGAGAAGCCCGAGAUUUUGCAAACAAUCGCAUCGGCGUCUGUUGCAAGUACAAACCUACAAAAUGCGUUGAAACUGGUCAACCGAGAGACGCGCCGAGUCAGCGAAGAUGAAGAAGUCAUAACCCAAUUCGAGAGAUGCAAGAGUCUUCGACGACAGAUUCUGCGCUAUAUUCAACACAUUGAAAGCGGUGAUCUCCUUGGAAGUUUGAUUCAUGCUAACGAGGAGCUUGUCACUGGACUGAUGGCGUUUGAAGUGCUUGACAAGAGUCUGGAUUAUGACAGUGACAGUGAAGAUGAUCAGAUAUAUCAACGGGGUAUCGAUGAGAGUUUCUCGGGGAUAACUAUUGGACCUCCUAAGCCGCCUCGACCAGCACGACCGAUGAGUAUACCAGGUUUUCCUACUGAUAACAAGACUUCGCCGUUCAAUUUCGAUGAUUUGGAGAGUGCUAGUGAAUCUGAAGAGGAGGAGGAUGAGAACAACCCUUUUGGAGAUAGAAAUGAAGUAAAAACUCCUCAUGUUGAGAAACACCAACCAACCUGGAGGGAAGUCUAGUUUGCUAUGUCUGUUCUCCGGGAUACAAGGGGUAUUCCCUUUUUCUUCUCAUAAUGGGUACUUUAUAGUACUAUCAGAAGAUGUUUUGGCUACAUUCACGCGCGAUGUGCUAUUAUUUGAUUACUUAUACCCUGAUUUUGAUAAGUCAACGAGAAAUGGCACUGUUUUCUUUUUGUAUGUUAUAGCUCUAUUACUGACUAGCAAUGCUUCAUUUCGACUUGUACAUAUCUGAUUUUAAGUGGCGUGACUUUGGAAUUUCAUUGGUCUCCUAUUUUCAAUAUUAUCCACAGCUCGGUGCUAUUAUCAUUCAGACAGAUUAUAUCAAUUCAAGUA